AAAAGUAGCAGUAGCACAGCCAAGAAGAGCACAGCAGAAAAUUUUGUGCAUUUAUUUUUCAGUUUUGUGUCUUUCUGUCACAUUUGUAAGAAUUUUUAAGGACAGAUUUUUUACUAGAAAAUGGUUAAAUUCAAAGGAAAGAAGUGUCACUACUUCCGAUGUGUCACAAACCAGUACGAGGAGGCAUACGACUGGGAAAAGAAUGAAAUAACACUACACUCAAUUCCCCUGCAAACGAGAGCAGCGAAUCUCUGUCGGAUGAACAUUGCCUCCUACCCAAUAAAGAUCCCGGAAUUGACGUCAAUCCGCAUCUGCUCAAUGCAUUAUCCAGAUUCUGCAUUUCGAUACCGCUGCAAAUUGCCUAACGGCUCAGUGAGACAAAAACUGAACAGAGAUGCCUUGUGCUACGACUGGAGAGACUCGUGUAGCAAAGAGGAAGUUGAAGAGAUUGAGUCUCGAGCUUCGUUUCGGAAAGGAGACAACAUUGAAGAGUUCAUUGAAGAACAGCAAGCAGGCUUUGGCGGAAGUCGCUACGGUAGCAUCCCUCCAAGGAUUGAGCAUGACUAUUCGCAACCUGAUCCCUGUAUUAUUGUUCCUCCUAGUGUGACUCGAAAUGAAGUGGAACUAGUUCCACUCGUACCAACCACUAAAAUCAAACCGGGGGUGAACUUGAAAGUGGCACGCAAAGAGACAAUGGAGAUUUUUGUGAAAAAUCAAUUGAUGGAGCUUAGGGAACUUGGGCGAAUGGACAAUCCAAAUCCCCCACAUAUGUUGACAAGAGAAGAAUUUUUGGCUCUUGAGGGAAGAUCAAUUCCUCGGCCACCUGAUGAGGAAGAGGAGGAUCAGCAGCAGGAGGAGGUGGACCCACUUUCCCCUGUGCCCCCUGUGGAGGAGCUAGAGGAAGAGCCAAUUCCCAUAAUUACUGAGCCAGAGACAUUGCUCAAUAAAGAGCGGGUUUGCCGACUGUGCUCCGAGAUAGAAGUGCCACUUAUUGGGAUAUUUGAUCACCAGGGUCGCAGCAUUCAGCUCUCUGAGAAAAUCAAUGAAGUUAUGCCAAUCUUUGUGUCCGAGUUAGAUGAUCUGCCGUUAAAAGUUUGCAUUCAGUGCAUCAACAAUAUCGAGUCAAUCUAUUACAUGUACAACCAAGUUGCAAAAGCUGACAAAUAUUUGAAGUCUAAAUUCAACGUACCUGAAGAACCAAAACCAGCAGAAAAGGUUGACGUGCUGAAAGCCAUUAUGGAAGACGUAGGAAUAGAUAACGAUGAUCACGAAGACACAGAAAGAAUGGGUGACAAAGAUUCCGAUAGUGUUGGCUACAAAAAUACUGCCAGCAUGGACUUUCCAGACGAUGGUGGUGCUGAAGACAGUGAUCAAUCAGACCAAAUGGAUAUGGACGAGGAAAACACCGUUAGCAACGGAGUCCUAAGUUUGGCCCUGGAAAAUGUGCUAGACCCUACCUUUGAGGCUACUUUCACGCCACUCUACUGCUCAAGGUGCAAUAUUACUCUAGCCAACCCUGAUGAGUACCUGGGGCACUUCCAGAGUAUCCACUUCCGCAAACUGGUGGCCUGCCCAAUCUGCCAAGUUUUCUACAGCAACCAAGGUCUUCUGAGGGUUCACUGGAACCAGUUUCACUCUAAAAGUAUAAAGAGAGUACCAGUGGUGAAAAAGAAGAUAUUGUUGAGGAGAAUGCCAAAAUCUUUAGUUUGCUAUAAGUGUAAAAACUGUGACGCUUCCUUCUAUGACAUAAGUUUGUUUAGGAAACAUGUGUCCGAGGAGCACCCGAAAACACGAAAGGCUCGAGUAUGUCUAGAGGAGCCAACUGUCAAGUGUGACUACUGUGAUGAGAUGUUCAUUACUACUAGGAAGAAGGAAAAUCACAUGGAGAAAGCGCACACACAGUACAAACCACACAAAUGCAGAUUCUGUCCAAAGGUAUUCCGUCUGCGGAUCAGCAGGAAGCACCACGAGGACACUCAUUCUUCGGAAAAUGCAGUUCUGUGUCCUAAGUGUGGAAAAAUCUUUGGCUCAAGACCUUUCCUCACUUGCCACUUGCGUACGCACAUGGAACCAGUGGCAUGUCGAGUUUGUUCAAAGAUGUGCAGACCAGACAGGUUGAAACUGCACAUGAUGCGCCACAAAGGAGAACGUAAUUUCCAGUGUCCCGAAUGCCAGAUUAAGUUCCCUACAUCAGCCUCCCUGAGCCAGCACAGGCAGGCCCACGUGGACAGGCGUUUCACUUGCAAUUUGUGCGGCUACAUGACCAAACGGAAGUUCCUUAUGCAUGGUCAUUUGCGACGGACACAUACUGCCUCGUUGGGUCACGGCUUCUUCCGGUGUGCCAUCGGCAACUGCGAUGGUGAGUUCAACGAUAAUACAAAGUAUUACGACCACGCAGUCAGUGUCCAUCAGACUGGCAGCCUCCUCAAAAAUGAUCUUGAAGAUGGCGUAGACAGCUUCUACUGCAGGUAUUGCGACAGCCAGUUUGAUACUCCCAUGAUUGUGAUGACCCACAUGAGACGAGUGCACAAUGAGGUGGAGACUCCAAUACACAGCUGCUCUGUUUGCAAGCUGGAGACCAAUUCAAUUUACAAACUGAUCAACCACCUUUUCACCCACCCUGAGAGUCUCAGGUACAAGUGUCGAGUGUGCUUUGAGAAGUUCCCAACGUCCCGCAACAGAUCUGCCCAUGAGUACAAAGAACACUACAAAAAUCGCAAGCAGUGUCCCUACUGCGAUCAAAAAGUGUCACCGAUCAACUUUGAGAACCACGUUGCCUUGCAUAUGGAUGACAAGCAGUACACUUGUGAGAUAUGUGACCGUUCGUUUGUGGAACAUAACAAGUGGAAAAUCCAUAUGGACAAACACAAACUCUCCAAAGAAGAGGGUGGAUUGGUUGGUAGCACCUUCCCUUGUAGGCACUGCGGGCAGACCUUUGAGAAUGGAAACAAUCGACGGUGGCACGAGAAUCUGCACACAAAACCGAAGGUUUACAGUUGCCCUGACUGUGAAUUUUCAUGCACCAACAAGAUGACGGCCAAAAAGCACAGACAGGAAAACCAACACGCCAAACAUAUCUUGCACAAAAGAGAUGUCAAAGAUUUGAAGUUCAAAAUUGAUGAGGAGGAAGUUCAAGCUGAAGAAAUAGAGACACAGGAAAUUGACCAAGUUCAAUAUUCAUACAUACUUAGCAUUUACCUUCAAGCUUUAAUUCCAGAAAUAUAUUUGACAAUGGAGAAAUUUGAGGAGAAGAAAUGUCACUACUUUCGGUGCGUCACAAACCAGUACAAGGAGGACGACUGGGAAAAGAAUGAAGUCUCACUUUUGUCCAUUCCUAUCAAAAUGAGGAGGGAGAUUUUUGAUCGGAUGAACAUUUUCUCGUAUCCAAUUCGAAAAAUCCCAACAAUGAAUAAAAUCCGCAUCUGCUCCUUGCAUUUCCCAGAGUCAGCUUUUCUGUACCGCUGCAAAUUACUUCAUGGCACAAGUCAUAAAUUGAAGGACGAUGCAGUAUGCUACGACUGGAAGGACUCAUGCAGCAAGGAAGAAAUAGAAGAGAUUGAGGCUCGAUCUUCAUUCCGAAAAGGAGACGACAUUGAAAAGUUCAUUAAAAAACAGAGAGCAGACUUUGUCAGAGGUUGCUUGGCUCCAAGGAUUGAGCAUGGCUAUUCGCAGCGCAAUCCCUUCGUUAAAGUUCCUCGCGAUGUUGUUCGAGAUGAAAUAGAACUAGUUCCACUCAUUGCAACCAGCAUCAUAGUACCAGGAGUGAACCUAAAAGAAGCGCGCAGAGAAACGAAGGAAAUUUUUGUGAGAAACCAGUUGAUUAAGCCAAGGGAACUCGAGCAAAGAAACUCAAAUCCACUGCACAUGUUGACAAGAGAAGAGAUUUUGGCCCUGGAGGUCAGAAAUUCCUCACCUCUUCCCUCUGAUGAGGAGGAGGAGGAGGAGUGUCAGCAGAAGGACUCCAAUCCUGUGGAUGAUGAGCCUAUUCCUGUGAUUUCCAGUAUGCCACUGAAUAAGGAGCGUGUCUGUCGGCUUUGCUCUAAGGUUGAAUUGCCACUGAUUGGGAUUUUUGAAGACUCGGGCUGUGACAUACAGCUUUCUAAAAAAAUCAAUGAUGUGUUGCCAAUCCAGGUGUCUGAAUCAGAUGAUCUGCCACUGAAAGUUUGCAUUAAGUGCAUCAACGCAGUGGAAUCCAUUUACCACUUGUACAAAAUAGUUGCUAAAGCUGAUAAAUAUUUGAGGUUUAAAUUCCAUUUACCUGAACAACCAAAAGCGCGAGAAAAAGUUGAUGUUCUCAAAAACAUAAUGGAAGAAGUUGGAAUAGAUGACGAUGAUCAAGACGAUGCAGGUAGAAUGGACCAUGAAGAUGCAGAUAGUAUUGGCUGUGGAGAUACUGGUAAUAUGGGAUUUCCAGAUGAUGAUGGCGUCCAAGAUGACAAUCAAGGGGAUCAAAUGGAAGAGGAUGAAGAAACUACUAUUAACAAAGAAGCCCUGCGUCAGGCUCUUGAGAAAGUUCUGGACCCCACCUUUGAGGCCACUUACCCGACAUUAGUCUGCUCAAUGUGCAACAUUAGCUUGGCCGGAUGUGAUGAGUACCUGGCGCAUUUCAAACAACGGCACAGCCGCAAGCUUUUUUGUUGCCCAAUCUGCCAAGUUUUCUUCAGCAACCAACUUGUGUUCAGGGCUCACUGGGGCCAAUUGCACCCUACAAGUAAGCAGAAACCAACAGCGCUCAGGAUUAGGAGAAAGAGAUUGUCUAGGAAAUUGCCAAAGGUUUUAACAUGCUACCGAUGCAAACAAUGUGACAAUUGCUUUUACGACAAGAAGUUGUUCACGAAGCAUGUAUUGGCAGAGCAGAAAGAAGCUCUCAAGUUCCUAGAGUCUCUAGAAAAACCAAAUUUCAAAUGUGACUACUGUGAUGAGAUGUUCAUGACUGAGAGGAAGAAGGAAAAUCACAUGGAGAAAUUGCACCCACAGUACAAAACACACAAAUGCAGUCUCUGUCCAAGGGUAUUCCGACUGAGAAGCAGCAAGAGGCAUCACGAGGACACUCAUGUUUCGGCAAAUGCAGUUCUGUGUCCCAAGUGUGGAAAACUCUUUGGCUCAAAACCUUUCCUCAAUGCCCAUUUACGAACUCAUAUGGAACCAGUGCCAUGUCGAGUUUGUUCAAAGGAAUUUGCUCCAGACAGAAUGAAACUGCACAUGAUGCGCCACAAAGGAGAACGCAACUUCCAGUGUCCUGAGUGCAAGAUCACAUUCCCUUCAGCAGGGUCACUGAAACAGCACAGGCAGGUGCACGAGGACAUGCGUUACUCUUGCGAUUUGUGCGGCUACAUGACCAAACGCAAGUUCUUGAUGACGACACACUUGCGACGGACACACGUCACCGAAAUAGGUCAUGGCUUCUUCCGGUGUACAAUUGGUGGCUGCGACGCUGAGUUCAGCAAUAACUCAAAGUUCUAUGACCACGCCCUGAAUGUCCACAAGACUGGCAUCCUCCUCCAAAACAAUCUUGAAGAUGGAGUUGACAGCUUCUAUUGCAAGUAUUGCAACAGUCAGUUCGUCAGUAACACAGCCGCGAUGGCCCACAUGAAACUCAUUCACAAGGAUAUAGAAGCCCCUCUCUUCAGUUGCUCUAUAUGCAAGUUGGAGACCAAUUUGAUGGAUAAUCUGGUCCGACACCUGUUCACCCAUCCUGAGAGUCUCAGGUACAAGUGCCGAAUGUGCUUUGAGAAGUUCCCAACAUCUAUGAAAAGAUAUGGCCAUGAAUACAAAAUGCACUAUAACGAACGCAAGCAGUGUCCACACUGCGUGCAAAAAGUGUCGCCAAUCAACUUCGAGAACCAUAUCGCCUUGCAUAGGGGUGACAAGCAUUACACUUGUGAGACGUGUGACCAGUCGUUUGUGGAUUAUCAGAAGUGGAAAAGUCAUACGGAAAAACACAAACGGAGAGGUGGAGAGAUGGAAAUCAGCUUCUCUUGCAGGCACUGCGGGCAGACCUUUACAAAUGGAAAUCACCGACGUUGGCAUGAGAAUCUGCACACCAAACCAAAGGUUUACCAAUGUCCCGAUUGUGACUUUGCGUGCACCAACAAGAAGACGGCACAGAAGCACAGACGGGAAAACCAACAUGCUAAACAUAUAUUGCAGAAGAGAAAUGUGGAAGAUCCGGAGUCUCAGAUGGAGGAGCUAUUAGAAGAGGAAGUACAACCUGGAGCUGUUGAGACUAUGCAGGAAUUUGGCAAAGCUCAGUAUUCCUAUGAAAUUACCAUACUGUAGUAGAGCAAAGUUUGCAUUUGGAGGUUAGAGACAAAACAGAAGGAAAUAAGAUUUGUUUUUUACUUUCUGGUGGCCAAGACUAUUCUAAAAAUAUUAAAUUGACAAGAAAAAUUUAUUAAAAAUAUUAAUAAU